AGUAGUUUAGGUAUUCCGCUGCAGGUAAGGAAGUAGCUAGCCAGAGAGGCGCUAGCACAACACGUCACCACGACGCGGCGCUGAGCCUCUCUUUUGUUAGUUGCCCAACAGCGCAGGCAAGAUCCACACGGAUUUAUUGUACCGGUUCGAUCUCGACGCACGCACAUAGAUAUCGAUUUGUUAUAAAUCAUUUGCACAAAUUGUACAGUUUGUGUGCUUUUGCCCCUCAAAAACAGACAAACACAGGCAAGCAACGCGGACUGAGGUGAAUAAUGGAUAACAUCCACGAGGCACACUUGUCUCGCAUUUUAGAAGCACGGCGUCGCCGAGGUGUACUCGGACGGUACGCCGCGCCGGUUCCAGCAGCGUUCAGCGACCCGUCGCCCCCAUCUCCACCGCCGCCCCCGCCACCUCGCCGCGCCUCCUCCGCCACUGGGACGCAAACGGCAGACGAGCGAAAAGCAUCUUCGACAACGCAAACCAAGACGGAAUGGGCAGCAGCAGAGCGGCCCUUCACCAACACUGCAAAUGCAUCUUCACAGGGUCCGUCAGACUGGCGUCAGGGCAGCCCACGAAAUGGCGGCGGCACCGCCGCUGCCCGAGCUGCACCGCCGUUGACGUCCGCGAGUCCACACGCAACGCAAGACGGCGGGGUGCGGUUCCAAUCCCCUGCUCGUGUGCCGUCUCUGGCGUACAGCACCCCUGCAUCGUCAUCCCCUCGGCGUCGCUCCAGUCCACCGCAGCCGCCCGUCUCCGCACCCUCGCCAGCGUGGGAGGGUACUAGGCGCUCCGUGGAGCCGUUGCCGCCCUCUCUCUACAUCCCCGGGCCUCGCUCAAUUCCACGAGAGCCACUGUACCAGCGCCCAGACUCCUUUACACCCUAUGCAAAUCGCUGGUCGGCUUCCUCCACGUUGCCGUCAAAUGGGGGCUAUGGCGGCUACAGCUGGCAGCGGCCGUCCUCCUCUCCGGUGAGGCCCUUCGUGGACGGCAACGUCGCACCGCUCACGAGCACGUGGCGCAAUAGAGCCGGCGCGGACAACGCCCGUCACUUCAACAGCGGCUUUCACUUCUCACCGCUGUCGAUACAUCGCGAGGAAGGCAGUGCGGCGCCGAUGAUGGCGUGGCCGUCCGGACAGGGCGACGCAAAUAGAGACCGCCGACGGCCAUCGCGCCAUCGCUCGCACCACCGCCACCGCCAUCGCAACGGCGAUGACAGCGUGGAGGAGGACGGUGAGGUCGAAUUUCCUCCGCGCCGUCGCAGAUCUCAAAACGGCGGACGUCCUCGCGCGACCAGUCGACACCGCGCCCCCUCCUCCGCACGCCCGCGAGAGCGCGAUGCACGACGCGGGCGCGGCUAUGCCCCGCCUGUGGUGAACAUGGGCGAGCCUGAUGCCAUGCGUGCCACGUCGCCAGCGUCUGCAGAAGGCACAUCGCACCUUCGUCGAUCGCGUUCGCCCGGUUCGCAGCAGCCAAGUCGGCUUCCACCGAUUUCACGUCCGUUUGAAGAGCAGCGCAAGACCGCGCUUGGACUACCCGAUGCCCGCUCCACAAUGAACUUGCGCACCAGCAUUGAGACGCUGCGUGCCGGUGACUGGUUUUACAAGUGGAGCGCCGGGGGCGACGCUGUGCACCGGCGGUGGGUGUGGGUCGACACGAAGAGCUACCUGCUGGUAUGGAGCAGCCGCGAGACGCGCAACACACACUUCUGCGGUAACAUCCGUCUCGAUCACAUUUGCCAGGUGACUUCGCGCGAUUUGAUGAGCGUCGAUGAGGAUGGGUUCCCGAAAACGUACUACGUGCUGCUCAUUGAAACGACGAAGCGAGUGUUGCAACUAGCGACGGAGCUGAAGGACAAGUGCGACGCCUGGUUCGAGGCGCUGAACAACGUAAUGGGGUUCAUUCACCGCAACGAUAUCGCGAAAGGCGCGUUGAUGCCGGAUUAA